CCCUUGACCCUUUGUCUGGACAGUGCUGAUUGGCCCUAUGCUGAUCACAUGCACUUUCCCAAGAAAAAUAAACCUCUCUAGCAAUACACACCAAACUGAGCAUGUGCAUGUGACUACAGAUUCAGUCUGUAUCAGGUGGUCAUUGGUCAGGCAUAGAAAGAAAGGAUCAAACAGCCUUUUUACACAAAAUCCUUUUUACACAAGGCAGAGGAUUAACCCCUUAGGUUCCAAGGUGAGUAUAACAAGCAUGCUUUGCUGCAUAUACAAACUGAUUUUACUGUUGUGGGUUUAGUAACACUU